GAGAGGUGUCCUGCUGUGGUUGGGAAACAGAAAGUGAGGCCACUGUACGUUGAGCAGCAUGGUGUUCCUAACGCUUGGAUUGUAUAUUCCUCUGUUGUUUUCUUAUGUCCUGGCUCAGUCUUCCCUAUUUGACAACAUUCUUUCGUUGCCCGCAGCUCUCCGAUCCCCGGGGCAGCGGAGGUUCACCCCCUGCUGUCUGCUGAACCCCCCGCCGCCCCCGCUGUUUCCUCCGCCACCUUCACUUUGGCGCCGCCACGCACACAAUGAAGACAACUCAUCCAAUCAUGGCCACAGACAGGAGACAGAUAAUGAGGAGGAAGGUCACGGCUGUGUCCCAGGUCCCCCGGGGCCCGUUGGUCCCCCUGGACCUCAGGGUCCGCCUGGUUUACCCGGUACAGGAGCGUCCAAAGGAGAGAAGGGAGAAAUUGGAAGACCUGGACAAAAGGGUCGGACGGGUCCUCCUGGUCUCCCCGGGAGGCAGGGAGCAGCUGGGUGGCCGGGGCCAAAUGGACCCAAAGGAGAGAAAGGGGACACGGGGCUGAUGGGUUUGCCUGGACCAAGAGGACCGAUUGGGCCCAAGGGUCUGGCUGGAUAUAAAGGGGAAAAGGGCUCCCAUGGUGAACGUGGUGAAAUUGGGGUGAAAGGGGAAAAGGGCACGAUGGGAUUCCCAGGAAUGCUUGGACAGAAAGGUGAAAUGGGUCCGAAAGGAGAACCGGGAAUCUCAGGAAAUAGAGGACCCACCGGCCGACCCGGGAAGAGAGGGAAGCAGGGGGUGAAGGGGGACACGGGGCGCCUGGGCCCCAUCGGCCCUGUAGGGCCACGAGGAUCUCCAGGCCUCCCUGGUCCUCCUGGUUUACCAGCCACAGGGCUUUAUAUGCAUGCAGCAAAGGGUGAGCGUGGGCCUCCGGGCCCCCCUGGAAGAUGUAGCUGUAAUUCUGUCAAUAGUUCCCCAUUUGAAGAGCACGGCUCCAGAAGCAGCUAUCCCAGAGUGCCAGUGAUAUUUGUGGUCAGCAAUGAAGAGGAACUCCAGCAUCUCCAUGCAGACAACGCCCUGGCGUUCCGCAAAGACCAGAGAUCUCUCUAUUUCAAAGACAGCGAUGGCUGGCUACCAAUUCAGCCUCUUUCUUUUCAGCUGACGCCGUUCCAGUCCAUGGAAAACGCGCCAGAUGAGGACGGGUACUGCGGCGAUGGCAUCGUGCAGAUCCCCAACGGAGAGGAGUGCGAUGACGGCGACAGGGUGGUCACAGAUGGCUGCGUCAAGUGUAAACACGCCUACUGUGGGGAUGGCUAUCGCUACGAGGGGGCCGAGGAGUGUGAUGGAAAGGACUUCGGCUAUCAGACUUGCCACUCGUAUCUUCCAGGGUCAUACGGCUAUCUCAGGUGUACCCCAUACUGUGUUAUUGACUCCACAAACUGCAAGUACUUCACAUGAGGAGGAGCCGGCACAACGCAGUGGGAUCCUCCUUUUU